AUGGUUGAUAAACAUCUCUCAGUAAACGUCAAAAAGAUUGUUUCAAUCGGUAUAGUUGAAGCAUUUCUUCUCAUUUUUGCAGCAUGGGAUUUGACAACAAAGGAAAGUGUUUUAAAGUGUUGGUUAAAAAGUAGAUUGUACAAUCCGAAUUAUGACAAAUCACCAUGCUUUGUUGCAAGUUCGGUUCCAAAUGAUGUUUCAUUAAACAACACAACCGAUGAAGAAACCAUUGAAACUCAUUUGAACAAAGAUAUAUCUAAAUUAAAAAGAAUGAACUUGAUACAAGAAUUGACUAUUAUAGAAGAAGUAAUAGAACCAGAAGAAGAAAAAUAUGCGAUUGUUGAUGCAUCAGAAGAAGAUGUUUCUCACAAAGAAGUUGAAAUUAGCAAAAUAUCUGAUGAACUAAAAGCUUUGAUCGAAAAGCUUGGUUCGUUGGAUCUUACAGAUAAAAUAGAUAUGUUUGCAAUCGAAUAUUUUGUAAACAACACAUAUUAUGUUGUUUACAAAAUUGGCAAAUGUUACUUAACUGGUUCUACUGACCCCGACAAAAAGUAUCAAAAAGUAGAUUAUUUAGAUGGUUUUAAUUUGGUGUGGUGCUAUGCUGCAGCGUGUUCGAAUGAAUUUAAUGAUUGGACAGAAGAUUACGCAACUCAUGAUAUUUAUCCAAUGGAAUAUACUGCUACACAUAAACAACAAAAAUUAAAUUAA